AUGGUCAAUUGGACUAAGGUUUGUGUACGUAGAAGCACAAGAGAACAGAUGGAUGGUAGAGCUACAGUUUGGGAACCAACGCGUUCGGCAUCUUUGGUAUUUGUAUGGGCAAGAGAGGAACAAGCACGUUUGGAGAUGAAACAUCGUAAAGAAGAAGACGAUUUAUAUAGAAAAUUUGCACGUAAACGCGAAGAGGAGGAUCGGAAAAUUCAAACUGAAUUCCAAGAUGAAUGGGAACGUGAACUACAACGUCUAACUCAUAAAUUUGAAAAAGAAUUGGCUACUUCAAGACGUAAUCGCGAUGAACAAAAUAUACUGACACUUCGUCAUGAACAACAAAAGGAGGAUUUGGAAAAAAAUAUGACAUUACGGCGUAGUAAAAAGAAGGAGAGUAUUACACGUAAAAUGCUCGAACAUGAACGUUAUGAGACUGCAGCUCUAGUCGAUCGCCAGUCAAGUGAAAUGUUGGAAUUAAUAAGUGCACGUCGAUCGGAGUACAUGCAAAAUGAAAGCAUAUUUCUUGAUGAUGAAUUCACUGAAGGCACAAUACCUCUAGAAUAUCCAAUGUUAGCACCAGAACCAGGACCACCAGCAGUUAGCAAAUUCCAAAUAUAUACGGAUCCUAUAGAGUUCGAAGAUGUCGAUCGCAUAGCCAUAUCCGUUGCGCAAGAAGAUCAGAAAACUUUUACUGACUUAGUGCGUAUGUUGGUGGGUCGUUGUACAACAGAUAUUGAAAAAGCACGCACCAUUUUCCGAUGGAUAACGGUCAAAAAUUUAAAUGCUAUGCACUUUGACGAUGAUUUACGUGGUGACACGCCUAUGGGUCUUUUAAGAGGAAUUAAAUAUGGCACAGAGAGUUAUCAUGUGCUAUUUAAACGUUUGUGCAGUUAUGCUGGUCUGCAUUGUGUGGUUAUCAAAGGUUAUUCUAAGAGUGCUGGCUAUCAACCUGGCGUCAAGUUUCAGGAUUCACGUUUUCGAUUUGGGUAUAAACCAACAUAUUGUACUGCUGCCUUAAGCAAGCAAAUGUGCAAGGACGCUUCGAGAUACUAA